UGACUCAAGAAGGGCUAGAGAAGAAACAAGAGUCACGGAACAAGUUGUCGCUCUCAAUCUCAGAACAGUACACACACUCUCUCUCUCUUCUUCUUCUAUAACAAUAAUAGAAGAGAAAUAACCAUCUUACUCUAUCUAUAAUCUAUCCCUCUCUAUUUCCACAAAUCAAGUGGGUACAUUUGUGUAUUUGCAUUCCUUUCAUGGCUGUUCUGUUUCUCUAUCUUCUCAGCCUCCUCAUGGCUGGCUAUUGUAGUGCCACAUGGUGUGUGUGCAAAACAGGGCUGAGUGACUCAGUGCUACAAAGGACACUAGACUACGCAUGUGGAAAUGGAGCUGACUGUAACCCAACUCACCCAAAAGGGUCUUGCUUCAACCCUGACAAUGUUAGAGCUCAUUGUAGCUAUGCUGUCAAUAGCUUCUUUCAGAAGAAAAGUCAAGCUUCUGAGUCUUGUAAUUUCACUGGUACCGCCACUCCUACAACCACUGAUCCCAGCUAUUCAGGAUGUCCAUUCCCUUCUAGUGUUAGUGGCACUGGAGGUGGUGGCAGCACCACUGGAGGUGGUGGCAGCACCACUGGAGGUGGUGGCAGCACCACUGGAGGUGGUGGCAGCACCACUGGAGGUGGUGGCAGCACCACUGGAAGUGGUGGCAGCACCACUGGCGGUGGUAGCAGCAGCACCAAGACGCCAGGCAAAAGCAGUCCAAAAGGAAACAGCCCUAUCACAACAUUUCCCGGUGGAAACAGUCCAUUCACUGGCACACCAACCACCGGACUGCUAGGAGGCAAUAUCACUGAUGCUACCGGAACCGGGUUAAACCCGGAUUACUCAAACGAAAGCACCGGUUUCGUGUUCCGUAAUUCCAACACCUUGUUCCUCUGCUUGUGUUCUGUCUUGAUAAUGAUCUGAAGAUGAUGAAUGGUCUUUCUCUCUAGUUUACUAUCAAAAUAUGUUAUGUUCUUGCUUUAUUUUGGACUUCUGUUCAUGCUUAUCAAUUUUAAGGAAAACAAUUAACAAUGUAAAACUGAAUCGUCUCGGGACGAAUUUGGUUUCUAUUUAAUAUCUUUAAAUCUUAAGCAACAAUUAUUAUUAUUA